AUGUCGCUCGUGUCCGGCGAGAAGACGAACUUCCAGUACAUCUUGCGUCUGCUCAACACCAAUGUUGACGGCAAGCAGAAGAUCAUGUACGCCUUGACCCAGAUCAAGGGUGUCGGUCGCCGUUACUCCAACUUGGUCUGCAAGAAGGCUGAUGUUGACCUCAACAAGCGCGCCGGUGAGCUUACCACCGAAGAGCUUGAGCGUGUCGUCACCAUCCUCCAGAACCCUACUCAGUACAAGAUCCCCACCUGGUUCCUGAACAGACAGCGCGACAUCACCGAUGGCAAGGACUCCCAGGUUGUCUCCAACAACUUGGACAGCAAGAUGCGUGAGGACCUUGAGCGCCUGAAGAAGAUCCGCUCCCACCGCGGUCUCCGUCACUACUGGGGUCUCCGUGUCCGUGGUCAGCACACCAAGACCACCGGUCGCCGUGGCCGCACCGUUGGUGUCAGCAAGAAGAAGGGCUAA